AUGACUGAACCCGUUGGUGAAUCGAAAACUGUGGUGUUUAAACUGCACUUUGAAAAUCCACCGCAAUUCACCAUUCGCUACCAGGACAAGGAGAACUUCUUUCGAUCUUUCAAGAGUAAACUUGACGAAUGGAACAUCCCUCUUCGAGCCACGUACUUUGUCGAUCGCGAUGGCGACCAUAUUGAGAUCAAAGAUGCUGAUGUUUUACUGGGAAUAGUAAUGUUCGGAGGCGAUGUAAUGAGUAUUACAGUACGUGACGAAGCUGGUAUCACGGAUUUAUGCCCAGAGUUUAACGAAAUGAUGGGAAAACGAAAGAUAAAGAAAAGUCAUAAGUGCGAUCGCGACAGAGGUCGAGACCGUACGCGGCGAUGUGGCAGGUCUCAUUCAAGAGAUUCCUCAGACACGGGACAUGUCAGGAAAUGCUGUGAACACUGUCCCAGCAAUUACGAACCCCCGCUUUUCUGGCGCCCAUCCUACGGACGGCCACUGAUGUUCUGUCCUUUCAAUCGAUUUUAUUUCCCUAUGGAUACUGGAUAUGGUUGCCAUCCUCUUUUUGGAAUGGGACAUGGCCACGGGAGACGUCAAGGCGAUGCCGUGCGUGGCCAUUAUCAUGGUUGCUAG